AUGGCUACCCCGUUUCCCGCCCGCGAUCCUCACACGGAGGCAUCACAAGUCCCAGAAAUCUCCCGCACCGCGUCGGAUAACACCAAUGUCGACAAAGACAAGAUGCCCCCCCAAGAUGCGCCCGCAGUCCGCUUCGCUUCUUCCGUUCAGGAAAUCACCCCAACCGUCACCACGACAUCACCGACAGACACCCAGUCUCCCACUGACGCCGCUACCGGAGCCUCCCUGCCCGAAGUCACGCCCGAGGAGCUCAGAGCCCUUUCCAAAUCCCUUCAAAGUGCACCGUUGCAGCAACGCCGGAUGAAUGUCUUUGGCUUUGAACCAUACUCGCUACCUGCUUCUCGUGUUUGCUCUCGAGAAGACGAGUCCGAUAAUAGCAGAUUACCCACACCGGUCUCCAGCGGACCAAGAUCACCGCGUUUUGGUCCGGCACAUCCGAUGCAGUCGCCUCCUCUGACCCCGGCAGGGACCGAUCCCUCAGACCCGGCAGCAAAGAAGAAGGGAGACCAGCAUGACGACAAGAAACCCUCCUCGAGCGAACCCUCGGUCAUCACCCCCCAAGCAUCUUCCUCCCAGGACUCGCCGCCAUCGUCGGCCAGAAAGGGGCUGCCUAUCCGAGGCAAGUCGAACGAGGAAGUCGCGACACGGUCGACGUCUGCCGACGAUCGAGACUAUGACACCAGGUCGCACAGAAAGGGCAUGUUUUCCAUCGGUGCAGGAGGUUCAGUUCCGGUAUCGCGAGAAUCUAGUCCGUCUCGGGCCUCUCUGUACUAUUCCAAGCCGAUGACGCCUGGUGGGGACGCUAACGACCCUUACGCCGCCCACAAACGCCAACCUCCGCCCUCGCAUCCUCAACGGGGUCAGAUCGACUCAAGAUUUGUGUUUUCGCGCAGAAAGAACAAGCACGGGUCUCCGUCUGGCUCAACGUCGAGCUUAGGCCGACCAAGCGACAAGCGACAGUCAGGCCUCCUGGGCAAUCUUAAGGGCAACGGCGAUGAACUGCAGAUUCCUCACGAUGAUUCGGCCAGUAUUUCGGGCAGACAAGGCUCAUUCGCGGACCUCAAGAGGUUCUUCAAGGUCGGCGGACAUCACAAGAAAAAGAGAGAAGCCUCGCCCUCGUCUGUUCGGUCUGGUGCAAGAACCCCGCCCACGCGAGGGUCGCAACAUCAACUCCCUUUUGGAGAUGAUCACGGACUGUCUUCCAAGUAUGGAAAGCUCGGCAGGGUCCUUGGUUCAGGCGCUGGGGGCUCCGUAAGGCUGAUGAAGCGGAGUGACGAUGGUGUUGUUUUCGCUGUCAAGGAGUUUCGACCCAGACACUCUUACGAAACCGAGAGAGAGUAUGUCAAGAAGUUGACGGCCGAAUUCUGCGUCGGAUCGACUUUGCAUCACGGCAAUGUCAUAGAGACCUUGGACAUCCUCCAGGAGAAGGGCAAGUGGUAUGAGGUUAUGGAGUACGCUCCAUAUGACCUCUUUGCCUGCGUAAUGACAGGCAAAAUGACACGUGAGGAAGUCGGCUGCUGCUUCCUGCAGAUCCUCAACGGCGUGACAUAUCUCCACAGCAUGGGCCUUGCGCACCGGGAUAUGAAACUCGACAAUGUCGUGGUCAGCGAGCAUGGUAUUAUGAAGAUCAUCGACUUUGGUAGUGCCCAUGUCUUCAAAUAUCCCUUCGAAAGCGACAUUGUGCUUGCUUCUGGCAUCGUAGGAUCCGAUCCUUACCUGGCUCCUGAAGUCUAUGACGAGCGAAAGUAUGAUCCCCAGGCAGUCGACAUUUGGUCACUCGCGAUCAUCUUCUGUUGCAUGACCUUGCGAAGAUUUCCCUGGAAGGUGCCUCGCAUGACAGACAACUCGUUCAAGCUCUUCGCGGCCGAGCCCACACCAGGCCAUGACCCAAAAAAGCUCAUUAUGCCGUCAAAGUCGGCCAACGAUCUCGCGGACACUCCACAGAGAGACAUGUUUGAGGAAGGCAAACAUCAAACACAUAAGCAUGAGCCAAAAGAGACUGAAGGUCAGGCAUCGCAGGGAUCCUCGACCCAAGCUCCACCAAACUCGACUCGUGCCGAGGGACAACAGACAGACAAGAAAGAGGUCAUACGGGGCCCUUGGCGAAUCUUGCGCCUGCUUCCUCGUGAGUCUCGCCACAUUAUCGGGCGUAUGCUCGAGAUCAAGGUCAAGGAGAGAGCAACGAUGCAAGAGAUUCUGGAUGAGCCCUGGGUUGCCAACACGGUCAUUUGCCAGCAACCUGAGCCAGGCCGUGUGGUCCACGCCGAGGAUCACGUCCACACUCUGGAGCCACCACAGCCUCCUAAAUAG